GAGGUUUGGGACAGAGAGAAACUUAGGGGAGUAUGCAGAGAGAGAGAGAGAGAGGGAGGGAGAGGGAGAGAGGGAAAAUGUGAGUCAGGAGGGAGGGAAGUAAAGAGGAGAGGUGAUGUAAAAGCAGUUGAGCUCAGAGAGUAAACAGAGCUUAAGACUGCAGCAUGUGUUUAUCUGUUCAGCUGAAGAGGCGCACCCAGCGGGCAGGCCACAUUCUCUUCUCAAACCACAUCUCUGUACCACGCAGUACUCUACUCAUCAUCUUCCUCCUGUCGGCUCAGGGGACAGCCUGGCCAUAUGAUUACAGGUUCCUGUACAACUACUGUCCAGGACCCGAGUGGAGUGUGAUGUGUAGGGGAUGCUGUGAAUAUGAUGUCAUCCACUGUAAAUGUCCUCUUCAAGGGUCUUCGGUGGGUUAUGCAGUGCCAUGCUGUCGUAAUGCUGUAAAUGAAUGCGAUCCCUGCAUCAUCCAUCCUGGCUGCAGCAUAUUCGAGAACUGCAAGCGCUGUAACAAUGGCACAUGGGGCCCAAGGGAUGAUUUCUUUGUAAAAGGGAAGUACUGUGCAGAGUGUCGCCCAGGCUGGUCUGGUGGGGACUGUUUAACAUGUGGAGGAGUGAUUCAUAAGAGGCAAGGUCACCUGGUUCUUGAGAGUUACCCAAACAAUGCCCACUGCGAGUGGACACUAAAAACUACUAGUGCUGAGUCUAAUGAUGGUAUGACAUGGGGAGUUGAUCUUAGUGCUGCAGCAGUGGAAGGUGAGGAGCAGUUGACAUUGCUCCAGGAUUUGUUGAAGAGAAAUGCUGAUGUCUUCUCCAAACACUCCAUGGACUAUGGACAUACCACCACUCUGCAACAUGAGAUACCAUUGGUAGACCCAAAACCUUUCCGCCUCCCUUAUCGAAAAAUACCCCCGUCUCAGUACCAGGAGGUACGGAAGGCCAUUUCACAGAUGGAAGAAGCUGGAAUCAUUCAUCCAAGCAAAAGCCCAUAUGCAUCCCCGAUCGUUGUUGUCUCAAAAAAAGAUGGCUCCAUGAGGAUCUGCGUGGACUACAGGAAACUGAAUUCGUGCAGUACCAGAGAUGCUUUUCCUCUACCAAGAAUAGAGGAAGCAUUGGAGGCAUUGGGACAGGCAAGGACCUUUGAAGAGCACCUUGAGCGGAUGGAGGUAGUGUUCAGCCGGCUCCGUAAACAUGGUUUGAAGCUGAAGCCUCCAAAGUGCAGUCUGCUGAGGAAAGACGUCCAGUAUCUGGGACACGUUGUGUCUGCAGAGGGGUACUACAGGCGGUUCAUCAAGGGAUACGCAACAUUAGUGGCACCCCUGUAUAGACUUACCUCUGGUGACCCAAAGAAGAAGAAAAGAGGAGUGAAAGGAACUUCUGGACCUGUAAAGCCGUUUGAGUGGUCAGAUGAGUGCGAGAAAGCGUUUGAAGCAUUGAAAGAGAGAUUAAUUACAGCACCAGUUCUGGGCUACCCCAACUACAGUUUACCGUUUGUACUGCAAACUGACGCUUCCGGUGAGGGUCUUGGGGCGGUCCUUGCGCAAGUUCAAGAUGGUGUGGAAAAGGUGAUUGCUUACGCAAGCAGAGAAAAGUUCUAUGACCACCUCUACGGGCAUAAGUUUUCUGUGCUGACUGAUAACAAUCCUCUUAAAUAUGUGAUGAGCAGUGCAAAGUUGGAUGCCACAGGUCAACGCUGGGCAUCACAACUUGCUAUGUUUGACUUUUACAUUGAGUACAGGCGAGGGAAGUCUAACGCUAAUGCCGAUGCACUCUCAAGGAUGUCAAGGCAAGAGGUUACAGAAACUCUUCAGUCAUGCCGACAGUUGAUUUCCUCCACUCAGCAAGUCCAGUCCUGCGGAAAUGACACAGGGGGAAAUGAAGCAGAUGUUAGUGAGCAAAUGGAGAGAACUGUUGUAUGCAAAGAGGGAGAGUUUAUGGACAGUGUUGACAAGCCAGCUGAUCCAUUUGAUGGAGCGGGAACUGAUGCACUGCCUGUAAUGACAAAAUUAGAGAUUAGAGGAUGUCAAAAAGAGGACCCUGUCAUUGGGCCUGUCCUGCACUAUAAAACACUUAACAGAGAGCCAAGACGUGGAGAAAGAUUGGAGAAAGGGAAAGAUGAGCUGCUUCUAUUAAAAGAAUGGAGGAGGCUGGUGGUCAAAGAUGGGAUUCUCUACAGGGAAAGGGUCAUCCACCGCAAUCUUCUGGCCCAGUGUAUGUUUUUCCCGGUGGGUUCCAAGCACCUAGCUGGAGAAGAGUCUGACAUGGAGGAAGUGUCUGGAAUGGACUCAAGUGUUUCAGAGGGAGAAGAGGAUGUAAUGGAGGCAAUUGAGAGUGGCAUGAUUACAUUGUGUCCAAGUGGGGAAUUGCCAGAAGUAGCGGGUGAAGAGUGUGAACAGGAUGAAAGGCAGUUGAAAGAGACUGUGAAUGAAAAGGAAAAGGAUAAGGCAUUCAUGAUGCUCAGUUUGGAGUUUGACCACAGCUGUCAGUAUGACUAUGUUGAAGUGAGGGAUGGAGAGAGCUUGAACUCACGUGUGAUCGGACGUUAUUGUGGAAAUGAGCGACCACCUCCAAUCAAAAGCACUGGCAAUUCCUUGCACAUUCUUUUCAUCUCAGAUGGUUACAAGAACUUUGAUGGGUUUUUUGCCAUCUUUCAGGAGAGCUCAGAAUGCAUAUCCUCUCCAUGUCUGCAUGAUGGCACCUGCAUCGUAGACUCCUCUCACUCCUUCCACUGCGCCUGCCUGGCUGGAUAUACUGGAAAGAGAUGUGAACAUGUGCUUGAGUGCAGAAGGCCUUUGGUUCCAGCCCACGGGACUGCAGAGCAUCUGGAUGUAAGGGUUGGAGGACAUGCUGUGUUCCAGUGUGACCCUGGAUACACAUUAAAGGGUUUCAGGAUGGCCACCUGUUUGUUGGAUGGGUCAUGGAGUACACCAAGUCCACAGUGUGUGCCUGACCAAAACUGCGGCAUUCCUCCAAAGCCAGAGCAUGGUGAUCACUUCCUCGUUUAUGGACCAAAUGAUGUACUUAUUGCUAUACAGUAUUUCUGCGAUAAGCUAUACAAACUGAAUGGAACCCCUCAGAGAACCUGUCUGGGCAAUAACACUUGGAGUGGGACAGCACCAACCUGUGUCAAAGAGCUGGACAUAAUUCCUGCAGCAGAUAAUGAACAAAACAAAGGCAAACACAAACCGACCGGACAAGACGAAGUGGGCCAUGCCAAGAACAAAACUUCAGAAGAAAAAGAAAAUGAGUCAAAAACAGUCAAAGAUAUAAAACCACAAAAACCUACCCCUGGAAAGGAUAAUGUGGGACAAGAUGGAAAGUUUGGCGAAGACACGGGCAUAGAUUUUGGGAGCAAUUUUGUAAAAGAAAAACCUAAAGCUGAAAACAAAGAUGCUGAUAGCAGCAUUAACACAAUCAAAAAGAAGGAAACUGGAGAGGAUAAGGACCCUCUUAAACCCUUUGACAAAGAUGCACAUUUAGAUAUCGGAAAGAAAGUUGGAAGUCCAACAAAAGAUUUGGGCAUGGAAUAUAUAGAUAUUGUCUUGAUAGACAAUAGGAUGGCCAAUAAUCAGACAACAAAGGCUGACAAAACCAAGGAUGGUGGAAUGGACAAAGGACAAAAAAGAACUGAUGGACCUAAAUACACAAUAUUAAGCCUGACUGAAGAUGAGAAAGACAACAUUCUUUAUGAAAUAGAUACCAUACACAGAGGGAAUAACACUGAAUUUUUCAAUAGGAAUGACAUAGAAAAUCUGGGGACACUGCUUGAAGAAACUGAACAACUCCCCACAGCUACUACUGGAAAUAAUAGCACAACAGUCAUACCAACAGUGAGCAAAACAACUGACAAAAUGACAAUGAUGGCUAAACCUAUGGAAAAGGUCAAAGUGGAUACAGUGAAUGUAAAGACAUCAGAACAGGAUUUACAACAAGAGACAAAACAAGAAUCUCAACAAAACACCGACAUGGAAGAGGGUGAAGGGAGACCAUGUCUUCGACUGUCACCAUUGUAUAAUGGUUACUACAAGUUGGUUCCUGACCUCCUUCCAGAAACAGUGGAGUUCUUCUGUAACCUGUCUUAUGCUCUGAGUGGCAGCGCACGGAGGACGUGUCAGCAUAAUGGCACCUGGUCUGGCACGCAGCCCAUCUGUAUGAGAGCCUGUCGAGAGCCCAAAGUAUCUGUGCUGGUCAAACAGAGAGUUCUACAUCCCCAUAUCCCAUCCAGGAAAACACCUGUGCAUAAGUUUUAUUCUUCCUCUGGAGUGACCAGUUUCUUAAGGGAAGUGCUGCCCACCCAGGCCCCUUUUACCAUGCCCCCACUCCCACAGGGAUUUCAUCAUGUCUACACACACAUUGAGUAUGAGUGUAUGUCACCUUACUACCAGCACUUUGGAAGUGCACGCAGAACCUGUCUGAAGAUGGGAAAGUGGAGUGGACGUCAUGUUUCUUGUUCGCCUGUGUGUGGGAAGCUGACAAACUUUGACCAUCAGAACCCUUCUGAGACUAACUGGCCCUGGCUGGCUGCCAUCUACCGUUUGCCUGUUGCAAGCAAACUAGGGAAGUUAAGUGUGGCCAAGACAAUGGGAGCAAACAUUGAACUGAUGGAAGAAGAGAGUGAUAUGGAUGGUUGGCAGCUUGUUUGCAGCGGAGCCCUGGUGAACCAGCGAAGUGUGGUUGUAGCUGCCCACUGUGUCACAGAGCUGGGGAAAUUAUAUCCACUUGACACGGCCAAAAUCAGGGUAGUGCUAGGCAAACAGUACCGCAGUGAUCAGAGAGUGACCAAGGGACUGCAGCGAUUACGGGUAUCCUCCAUCACUCUACAUCCAAACUAUGAUCCCCUGGUGCUGGAUUCAGAUGUGUCUGUAUUGAAGCUCUUGGACAAGGCUCGUAUUGGAGAAUAUGUGCUACCAAUCUGCCUACCAGAUGCUCGUGAUACAGUCGAAGAUUCCAGACAAAGAAUGGUGACAGGCUGGUCCCUCUUACCUGACCAGAAGGCUGGAGAUGCUGAGAAAGCACGUGUGGGCCGCGUGAUUCUGGGGGAUGUUGUUCAGUGUGAGCAGCAAUAUGCCAGUUAUGGUGUUCCUAUCAGUGUCUCUGAAAACAUGCUGUGUGGGCGACAGGGUUCUGGCGCGGAACAGUCAAACAUUUGCCCUGCUGACACUGGAGGGAUUCUUAUUUUGCCUCCAGUCUCCUCAGGCUCCAGUCUGACACCUCCACAUGGACAGGGCUCACAGGAGUGGAAACUUUUAGGGUUGGUCAGUUUUGGACAUGAUUCUUUAAACUGCAACCCAGAGCUUUACACCGUGUACACUCAUGUUUCUAAUUUUGUCAGCUUUAUAGAGGAAAAUAUGACAUAGGCUGACAAACAAUAUUACAUCUUAUCUCUGUCUCAUUUAUAUUAUUUAAUUCAUUUUCUUCUAUCCAUUAUAAUACUGCAUUAAUGUAUAGGCUUAAAUACACUGGACUAUGCAGUGCACAUAUAUAUAAGACGUGGACUUAAUUUAAACCUUAUUGUAACCAUUAUAAGGGAAACAGUCCUAAAACAACAUAGUCCUAAAACAAUAUUUCAAUGUUUUAGGAAAAAGUCCUAAAACACCAACACUGAGCAGCUUCCAACAUUCAUGUUGGCCCUCAGUCUCUCAGGUGAUAUUUGCUUUGACUAUAAAUCUUAUAAAUGCACAUAAAUUGUAAUGUUGUAUUUACCAUUGUAAGCACUAUUGAAAGAUGUAUAAUAGAUGUAUAUAUUUACAAAUAUUUUUCAGUAUUUUCUUAUUGGGGUAACCCAGCUAAGAAUCAUUACUCAUGGAUAUGGACUGCAGUAACAAAAUUAAAACUAAUCAAAUACUACAACAUUUAGUGUGUAAAAACACAUCUCUUCCAUCUUCAUUUGACCCUCUAAC